UGGUUGUUUCCCGGAACUUGUAACUGGAAACGAAACCACUUUGCACAACUUUGCGGGUAUUAAACUGUGAUCGAACUUUACGUGUAUCGAUCGCACGUGUUUCAUCAUUGUGACUUGAGACCAUCGUACUUAGUAUUAUGAAGAUCGACUGGACGAAAUGUCAUCACCCGAUACGAACUCCCUGCUCAACCUUCUACAGAUAUCGGACAGUGCGUUCCCAACGGGCAGCUUCGCUCAUAGCGCCGGCUUAGAAGCGGCGUACCAGCGUGGGUUUUUGAGUACGUCGGAGAAGGUUGAGAAGUUCUUGCUCGCAAGCACUGAGAAUGUAGGUUCCUUCAGUAUACCAUUCGUGAGGGAAGCGCUGCGGUCGUGGACCGACCUCGAAGCGAUUCGUGCUCUGGAUCGCCUCCUGAAUGCCUCGUUAAGCAAUCACAUCGCCAACAGGGCGAGUACACAACAGGGACGGUCUUUGAUCCAGACUGCUUGCGCAACCUACAAGGAUGUAAAACUCAUCGAAGUUCAGAGUUGGAUCUACGAUGGCAAGUUGAUGGGCCAUCAGGCUGUCAUGUAUGGAAUUGUGUGCGCAUUUCUGGGUGUUCCAGAGGACCAUGCAGUCACGUCAUUCCUGUUCAGCUCGCUGCGCACCACCGUAGCUGCUGCAGUGCGGCUUGGAGCCGUAGGCACACUCGAGGGUCAACGAAUGCAGUUCAUGCUGCAAUCAAGAAUACCCGAGAUCGUCCAAAGGCAUAAACACAGAACCUCACACACUGCUGCCAACGUGUUUCCCGUGGUUGACGUGAUGCAGAGUUCACACGACCAGCUGUUUGCACGCAUGUUCUAUUCCUGACGGCAGGUUGUCAAUGUGUCAACGAGAAUCAAUUAAAGUCACGGAGUAGACUUUA